GUAAGAACCAAUAAAUGUUUAAUUUAUAUCAUAUAAGUCAAGUAGAAAUUGUAACAUUAUAUUGUAUUAAAAAGGCGCGAACUUAAAUUGGUAAAAGAGUGAGAUUGGAAGAAAUAUAAUAAUAAUAUUAAAUCUUAAUUUGUGAAUGUUAGGAAGACGUAGUCAAUAAUAAAAAUCUAAAGGGGAGCAGAAUUCAAAUUGUAAUGGAAAGCAAGUAAUAUCAUUGGAUAAAGUGAUGAAUACUAAUGAAGAUUAAAAAUAAUAGAAAACAAAGAAGUAAUAGAAGGUGAUAUCAACAAGAAAGUAGAACUCAACAAAUACUGAAGAAUUAUCUGGAGUAAGUAUAAAGGAAUCAUAAAAUGGGACAUAUAAUUUAAGAUAGUAUACUCGAAGAAAUUAUUUGGAUUUUGGUAGUGAAGCAGGUGGAGAUGAUAACAAAGAUAUAGAUUUUGGAGUGAAAAAGCAAUUAAACAAAGAAAGAAAGAAUAGUGAUUUAGAUAUCAAUGAAACUAUUGAAUAUGACAAAUUACCUAAAAAUAAGUAAGGAUUACUAAAACUACUAUCAAAAGUAGAAGCAAGUAUCGAAUCUUAAAAAUUAGAAUGGUUUAAAGAGUAAUCAAUAUAUUCUAUAAAAAAAUAGAUAAAAUGAAUUACCAACAUUGAUUAGUUCUGUCCCUGAAAACUCUAUACCAAUAAAUGCUGAUGUUACAUCAUUUAAUUUUAAAUCUUUGAUUGCUUCCUAAUAAAAAAUAGCUGGCAAAUUAUUUGAUGGUAUUAUUACUCUAAUAUUUAUUUAGCAAUUAUGAUGGAUCCACCUUGGUAAUUGUCUACAUCUUAACCAUCUAGAGGUGUUGCUAUUGCAUAUCAAUCGCUUAAAGAUGAUCAAUUAAUGGAAUUACCCAUUCCUUUAUUAUAAAAAGAAGGUUUUCUAUUUAUAUGGACAAUCAAUGCAAAAUAUCGUAUUGCUGCCAAAAUGAUCAAAUAAUGGGGUUAUCAAUUAGUUGAUGAAUUAAUCUGGGUUAAAAAGACAGUUAAUGGCAAAAUUGCUAAAGGACAUGGCUUCUAUCUGUAACAUGCCAAAGAAAAUUGUUUAAUUGGUUAUAAAGUAAUUUUAUUUUUAAAUCUAGGGAACCAACAAAUUAAAUUAUUAUUUAAAAAGUGAUGUUAUCUGGAGUGAAAGAAGAGGUUAAUCAUAAAAACCUGAAGAAAUCUAUGAAAUCAUAAAUACUAUGGUUCCAGGAGGUCAUUGUUUAGAAAUCUUUGGUAGAAGAAAUAACCUUAGAAAUAAUUGGGUAACUAUUGGAAAUGAAUUAUGA